AUGUCAGAAAGUCUUGUACAUAGCCCAAAUGAUGGCGAUCUUCUACAAGAUAGGCUAUCGAAGAUACGAUCUCAAAUGAAUUCAAAACUUGAAAAUCAAAAACAUUUAGCUAUAAUAUUAUCAGCAGUUGAAGAAAAUAUAGAAGAACAAAAAAAUGAUAAAACACCAGUAGCAUAUUUUGUUUCAUUUCUUUCAUUAUUAGAUCAAUGUAUAAAAAAUGAUGAAAUUAUUGAUAAUGAUUUAGCUACAACUACAGCAUAUUUUCUUGAUAUAAUUUUCCCAUUUACUCCUAAACCAUUAUUAAAACAAAAAUUUAAUGAUAUAUUAUUAAAAUUAUCACAACCAUUGAAUUUAAAUGGGGAAGCACCAUUAAUUAGAUCAACAAUUGGAGCAAUGGAAAGCUUAUUAUUAGCACAAGAUAAUUCACAAUGGUUGAAAAGAAGUGCAGUUUCUCCAAAUAGAGCAUUUAUGGCAUUUAUUGAAUUAUCAUUUGAUCCAAGACCAAAAGUAAGGAGAAGAGCUCAAGAAGCAGUUAAAAAUAUUCUAUUAAACCCACCACCAAGUCCUAGUCCUGUUCAUGUAGCUGCAGUAGCGGCAUCUGAUGCAUCAUUAACUCAAUUAAUAUCACUUUUAAAUGAAUUUAAGAAGCAAAGAAAAAGUAAUCCAAAUAAAGAUUUCAAUACGAAGAUUAUUCAUUGUUUACAAUUAAUCACCAUUAUUACAUCAUCAAAUUCAUGGCCAGUUAAAAAUAUUGAAAAAUUAUGUGAUGCAUUAUUAGAAAUUUCAAAAACAUCAGAUCAAUAUUUAGUUGGGGCUGCAUUUGAAGCAUUUGAAGGAUUAUUCAAAUCAAUGACCAAUUCAAUUGAUGUUGAUAAAUAUACAAAAGUAUUAAAUGCAAUUUUUGAUUUAAAACCAAGUAUUAAUGAUUCUCAUUUAGCUGCAUCCUGGUUAAGUGUUGUAGCUAAAGCUUUAGAAGGGUUUAGUUCCUUGUCACCGAUUGAAUGUUUGAAAAAGAUUAGUCAUGUAUUAACCAUAGUAUCACAAUUUUUAGCAUCAGAAUCAAAAGACAUAUAUACAAGUGCAUCACAAUGUUUAAUUGCAAUAAUUGUUCAAACAAUCCCAGAUAAAUUUUUAUUACAACCAAAUAAAGAAUAUGAAAUUACUGAAGAAAUUUAUAACUUAGUUGAUGAUACAAUUACAUUUAUUGCGGAACUAAUAGAAAAAGAAUUAUUUUCAAUAAAAUAUCAAAAUGCAACUGGUGAAAUAUUACAAUUUGUAACAGCGACAAUUUUAAAAUUAAAAUCAAGAUCAAAUCCAGAUUUUUUAAAUAUAGUUGAAAUAGUUGGAGAUUGGAGAACAAAUGAAGCAGAUAAUUUCCCACAUAAUAAAGAAGCAGAAGAUUGUAUUGGUGCAUCAGUAUCAUCAAUGGGUCCACAAGCCGUAUUAAGUAUAUUACCAUUAAAUUUAACUGGUAAAGAAGGAGGAGCAGGUAGAGCUUGGUUAUUACCAAUACUUAGAGAUAAUGUUAAAUUUUCAGAAUUAGAAUUUUAUAAAUUACAAAUAUUACCAUUUAUUGAUUUUUUUGAAACCAAAAUUAAUGAAUCAAAUAAUAAAGAAUCAAUGAAUAAUAAAAUUUUUCAAACUAUAAUUGAUCAAAUCUGGUCAUUAUUACCGAAAUUUUGUGAUUUACCAGGGGAUUUAAUUACUGCAUUUGAUGAAACUUUUGCAACUAAACUAUCUGAUCUAAUGUUUGCAAAAGUAGAACUAAGAACUUUUAUAUGUCAUGCAUGGAGAACGUUAGUUGAAUCUAAUAUUGCUUAUCGUGAUGGAGCAUUUGAUGAUGAUUUAUUAUUACAACAAGAGUACCCGAAAGAAAAAGCUGUUAAAGCAAUUGAGUAUUUAAGUUCAAUAUCAUCUAAUAUUUUAACUGUUUUAUUUAAUGUGUUUACAUACACAAUGACCGAAUCAAGAGGAUUCGUAUUAGAAACAAUAGAAGCUUAUUUGAAAAUUACACCACCAGAAGAAUUAUCAUCAACAUUUGAUAAAGUAUGUGGAAUGUUAAAAAAUGCAUUAGAUGAAGAAGCUGAAGAUGAAAAUAACAAAAAGAAUAAAAAUAAAAACAAGAAUCAAUCAACUCCUGAAACUAGUGUAACUAUGAUGGAUUUAAUUGUAGUUAUGACAAAAUAUUUACCUGAUUCAUCACAUAAUGCACUUUUUUCAAUAUUUUCACUUACAAUUUCAUUAGAAUCACAUCCAUUAUUACAAAAAAGAGCAUAUAGAAUUAUUUCAAAAUUAUCAGAAUCUAAAAUUGGUAAAGAAUCAAUCCUUAAAUAUAUCACAAACAUUGAAUCUAAAAUCAUUGAAACUGCAACAAUUACAAAUCAAACAUCAAGAACUGCAAGAUUACAUGCUAUUUUAUUAAUUAUUAAAUUAUUACCAUCAUCAGAAUUAUAUUUUAUACCAUCAAUAUUACAAGAAAUAAUAAUGGCUACAAAAGAUGUAAAUGAAAGAUCAAGAGGAUUAUCUUAUCAAAUUUUAAUUAAAAUGGGUGAAAAAAUGAUUGAAGGUGGAAUAAUUGAAAAUUCAAAAGUUCCAGGAUUUGAUUCAUCAAUUGCCCCCACUGAAGCUUCAUUAAAUGAAUUUUUUACAAUGGUAAGUGCAGGUUUAGCAUCACAAAAUCCUCAUAUGAUUUCAGCAACAAUAACAGCAAUAUCAUGUUUAAUAUUUGAAUUUAAAAAUAAAUUAUCAGUUGAAACAUUAAUUGAAAUUUCUUCAACUAUUGAAUUAUUUUUAACUCAUAAUUCAAGAGAAAUUGCAAAAUCUGCUAUUGGAUUUGUUAAAAUGGAAAUUUUAUCAUUACCUGAGCAAUUAAUAAAAGAAAAUUUAUCAGAACUUUUAAAAAAAUUAAUGAAAUGGUCUCAUGAACAUAAGGGACAUUUUAAAAGUAAAGUUAAACAUAUUAUCGAAAGAUUAAUUAGAAAAUUUGGUAUUGAAGAAAUUGAAAAAUGUAUACCUGAAGAAGAUAAAAAAUUAGUCUUGAAUAUUAAAAAGAGUAAAUUAAGAGCCAAAAGAAAACAAUUACAAGAUCCUUCAGAAGCAGAAGAUUCUAAUACAAACUCAACUAACAAAAAAUUUGUAUCAGCUUAUGAAGAAGCAUUAUAUGAUUCAGAUAUUUCAGAUGAUGAUGAAGAAGAAGUAGAUAUUUAUGAUGAAGAUUCACGUAGACACAACAAACAAAAUAGAAAUAAAAAAUCAAGUAAUUUUAUAUUAGAAUCAAAUGAUGAACCAUUAAAUUUAUUAGAUCGUCAAGCAUUAGCUCAUAUAUCAUCAUCAAAACCGAAAAAUCAAAAAUCUGAAUUAAGAUCAAAAACAGAAGAAUUUAAAACUAAAAAUGGUAAAUUAAUAUUUAAUGAAAAAGAAAAUUCAAUUAACGAAGAUCCAUUAAGUAGCUCAAAAUCAGGCAUUGAUGCUUAUUUAGAUGCUGUUAAACAAGCACCAAUAAGAGGACAAAAGAAUAAAUUAAAAUUUAAGAAGAAUACUGGAGAUGAUGAAGAAAAUUGGUCAAAUGAUGAGGAAGAUGAAGAACCAAAAAGAAAAAAAUCAAAAGUUUUAGGUAGAUCAAAAAUUCAAAAACCUAUAAAGAAAAGAUUUAAAGCACAAAAGAAAUUUUAA